GGAAACAUAAUUAAUUUAAGUAGGCGUUUGUUUUCUCUUUUGAUUGAUUCAAUUUGGAGGCACUGCCCCUAAGAAAUUUUUCAUGGUUUCUCUUUUCUUUUUCUUCCUCUGUAAAUACUAAUAAAUUUCAGCUUCCUUUCCUAAUUUUUUUGGGUAAUUAUGGAGGAAAUCAAUUGGGAUAGCCUGUUCCUUGAGCUUGACUCUCCCGAUUUUCGAAAUAUCUUAGAAGACGAACCAGAACCGCCUCAACCUUCGUCCACCGCAUCUCCCGGUGAAGAACCGGUGGUGAAUUCGUGGGUCGAUGAGAUCGAGAAGGCUUUGAUGGAGGACGAUCAAUUUGAUGACAGGGUCGAGAUUCAACCAGUCUCUGAUGAUUUUUUGGCAGAUAUACUGGUUGAUUCACCUCCUAGUAACAGCGAUGAGACCAUCGAUGAUGCUGCUUUCCACAAACAAGACCGGACCCGCAUCACCAUUGAUAAUGAUGAUCCCAUUGCUAAGAAACAGAGAAGAGAAUCAAGCUCUUCGUCUACUUUGAGUAAGGGUGUGCAUUUGAUGCAUCCUCGGCCAAGGCAGGAGUCUGCUGUGCUCUUGUUGGUUUUUAUCUCUGUUGUUUUGCAAAAUCCCUUGUGUUGGGUUCCCUGCUUUGUUCCUGGGCAUCAUGUGCGCUCUUCACCCUGCCAAACCGUGCCCACGGUCUCUUCUGGAGGCAGUGCCACUGGCGAACAAGGAAAAAAAGAGGUCCGGAAAGAAGAGGGGCAGGGAGUAGGCUAG